AAACAACAAAAGACAAAGGAUUGCUUGCUUGCUGCUGUUGUAUAGAAACAGUGUUCUUUUUUUUCUGUUGAGCUGAGACUUUGACAGAGGAACCACCGCCAAUCAAUCGGGACGACGAUGAGGCGACUUCCGAUGACGAAGUCGUUCUCGUUCACGCUCUUGUUAACGACGACGUUUUGGACGCUCUCAUAUGGCUUUGUGAGGCCUCCAACUCUGCUUCAGCUUCAGAGCUUGUCCGGAAACGGCAAUUACUUGACGAAGGAGGAGCUCUGGUUUGAUCAAACCCUCGACCACUUCUCUCCUUAUGACCACCGCAGAUUCCCCCAGCGCUACUAUGAAUUUCUUGACUACUUCAGACCAUCGGACGGUCCAAUUUUUCUCAAAAUUUGCGGAGAAUCCGCGUGCCCCGGUAUAUCUAAUGAUUACCUAAGUGUUUUGGCGAAGAAGUUUGGGGCAGCUGUGGUUUCGCCUGAGCAUCGAUACUAUGGAAAAAGUUCUCCUUUCAAAUCACAUACAACAGAGAACUUGAAGUAUUUAUCAUCAAAGCAGGCGCUUUUCGAUUUGGCUGUUUUCCGUCAGUUUUAUCAGGAAUCGUUAAAUGUGAAGCUGAAUAAAACCAAGGAAAAUCCGUGGUUCAUAUUUGGUGUCUCGUACUCCGGAGCUAUGAGUGCAUGGUUUCGACUCAAGUUUCCUCAUUUAACAUGUGGAAGUCUUGCAAGUUCUGCAGUUGUUCAAGCUGUUUAUAACUUUCCUGAAUUUGACCAGCAGAUUGGUGAGUCUGCCGGUCCGGAAUGUAAAGCUGCACUACAAGAAACUACUCGUCUUGUUGAAGGAAGGCUUGCAACCAACGGGAAAGCAGUAAAGGCGUUGUUUGGUGCAACCCAGCUUGAUAUUGAAGGUGAUUUCUUGUAUUUUCUGGCGGAUGCUGCUGUUAUAGCGUUUCAAUAUGGAAAUCCAGAUAAGUUAUGCUCCCCUCUUGUUCAAGCAAAGAACAAUGGAGAGGAUUUGGUGGAUGCGUAUGCCAAAUACGUUAAAGAGUAUUACCUUGGAAGUUUUGGCGUUGACGUUGAAACAUAUAAUCAGAAACACUUGAAGAACACUGCUGUUAGUGAGGCCAGUUCUGAUCGGUUGUGGUGGUUCCAAGUUUGUACUGAAGUUGCAUAUUUUCAGGUGGCACCUGCAAAUGAUAGCAUCCGGUCUUCAAAAGUCGACACAAGAUACCAUUUAGACCUUUGUAAGAAUGUUUUUGGAGAGGGUGUCUAUCCUGAUGUUGUUGCAACAAAUAUAUAUUAUGGAGGCACAAAAAUUGCAGGUUCAAAAAUAGUUUUUACAAAUGGCUCACAGGAUCCCUGGCGUCAUGCAUCCAAACAGACUUCAUCUCCAGAUAUGCCUUCCUACAUCAUCAAUUGCCAUAAUUGUGGUCAUGGAACUGAUUUGAGAGGAUGUCCUCAGUCUCCUUUAACUCUUGAAGGCAAUUCCCAGAACUGCAGCAACCCUGAUGCAGUCAACAAAGUAAGGCAGCAACUUGUAGAACACAUUGACUUGUGGCUGUCUGAAUGCGAAGAAUCUGGUAGGAGCUACAUGUAAUAUACUUUAUGUGAUGUGCGAUGUGUUUGUAUAACUAAUCUCAAUCUCACCUCUACCUUCUCAACAGAUGUUUGAUUAUUAAUCUAGCAAGGAUAAUCCCCGUAUGUACACAGAUCGUAUGUAUAGGUAUAAAGUCUUUUUCUUUUGCUACUUCCAUGUUAUUGCAACAUCAAUGAAAAGCUUACGAGACUUUUCUCC